CCUCAUAAAAGAAAACACGCUAACCAAAUCAAAAUCAUCAAUCAAACACGAAGAGAAAGGAGAUGGGGUUGCCAACAAUGAGGUGGAAGGUGGAGACAGAGGUGGAGAUCAAAGCUUCAGCAGAGAAGUUCCACGAGAUGUUCGCGGGGAGACCGCACCAUGUCUCCAAAGCCACUCCUCACCACAUUCAGAGCUGCGACCUUCACGAGGGCGACUGGGGCAAAGUCGGCUCCAUCGUCUACUGGAACUAUGUUCACGAUGGGAAGAAGAGAGUGGCGAGAGAGGUGGUAGAGGCGGUGGAUCCGGACAAGAACAUGAUAAGCUUCAGGGUGAUAGAAGGAGAUCUGAUGGAAGAGUACAAGACGUUCCUCAUCACCAUCUACGUGACCCCGAAGGAGGGAGGAGAGGGAAGCGUGGUUCAUUGGCACUUGGAGUACGAGAAACUCGAAGGCAAGGCGGCUCACCCCGAGACUCUCGCCGAGCUCUGCGUCGAAGUCUCUAAGGACAUCGACCAGCACCUCUUGUCCCAGGACGACUAGUGUCCCUGUCCGAACCAACCCAUAUUCUAUCCUACGUCCUAGGCUGUGAAAUAUCUUCCUCUGGUCUCGUCUGUGUGUGUAACUUCAAUAAGAUACCUGCAGUAGCGCCUAUGAGUCUACGAUCGUAUCGAUAUCAUGUGUUCAUAUAUAUAUAUAUAUAUGUGUCGUUGUAUCGUGUAUUUUCAUAUGUGAAAUCAUGGCUGUUUGUGUGCAUCCUUUCUUUAAUCAUUUCUCUUAA